AUGUCGACCAUUAGUGCCCAUGGCACUCUUUGCGAUUCGGACAGAUUUAAUAGUGUCGAAGAGGUAAAGAUAUGCCAAGGUCAGCUGGGAAAUCGGUGUCGGUUGAAAACAAGACCAUCCUUCCGUCUUUUGCCUAAUAAAUCUAUCUUGCCAUUUAUUGAUCUAACAAAGCGCCAUUCAUUCAGUAUCGAUCAGUCUAUGCUUCCCUUUAUUUUGUCCCUUUCACUUUCUUUCUUUCUCAUUUUCACAGACCUUUUCUUUCUCAGUGAUUAUUUUCUUUUCGCUCUUUCAUAUUUCUUAGUUUUUCUUUUCUUUCUUCUUGAAUUUCUUUAUUUCUUUCAUUCUUUUGUUCUUUCUUUCUUUCUUUCUUUCUUUCUUUCUUCGUUUCUUUCUUUUUUUUUUUCUUUGGUCUUUCUUUCUUUCUUUUUGAUUUUCUUUCUUUUCUUUUUCUUUGUUUCUUUCUUCUCGUUCGUUCGUUCGUUCCUUCGCCCUUUCGACAGUUCUUUCUUUCUUCUUUCUUCUGAUUUGCUUUGUGUCUUUCUUUCUUUCUUUCUUUCUUUCUUUCUUUCUUUCUUUCUUUCUAUAGAAUACCUUUUCGUCUUUUUAGAUGGCGAUAACGCUUUUCAAUCUCUGAUUUAUUCCCAUAAAAAUAAAAUAAAAAAAAUUAUAAAAAAUGAUCUAUCUAUCUAUCUAUCUAUCUAUCUAAGGCUGUUCAUAUCUAUCUAUCUAAGGCUGUUCAUAUCUAUCUAUCUAUCUAUCUAUCUAUCUAUCUAUCUUAUUAUAUUCAAAUCUAUCAUGUCGUUCCAUUUCUUUCUUUCUAUCUAUCUAUCUAUCUAUCUAUCUAUCUAUCUAUCUAUCUAUCGUAGUCGUUCCAUUUCUAUCUAUCUAUCUAUCUAUCUAUCUAUCUAUCUAUCUAUCUAUCUAUCUAUCUAUCGUAGUCGUUCCAUUUCUAUCUAUCUAUCUAUCUAUCUAUCUAUCUAUCUAUCUAUCGUAGUCGUUCCAUAUCUAUCUAUCUAUCUAUCUAUGGUAGUCGUUCCAUUUCUAUCUAUCUAUCUAUCUAUCUAUCUAUCUAUCUAUCUAUCUAUCUAUCUAUCUAUCUAUCUUAGUCGUUCCAUAUCUAUCUAUCUAUCUAUCUAUCUAUCUAUCUAUCUAUCUAUCUAUCUAUCUAAAAAACAUGAGAAUAUACCUAUCUAUUUUUCUAUCUAUUUAUCUCUCUCUCUAAUUAUCUAUCUAUCUAUCUAUCUAUCUAUCUAUCUAUCUAUCUAUACACGCACGCACACACAUAUAUUCAUAGACUUAAGUAGUAAAUUAAAAAAAAUCUCAGAAUCUAUUAAGGAGACUGAAAAGUUGAACUCACAAUGCUAUUUGGAAGAGUUGCCAAACUGGUAA